AGCGCCCAAAGUUACUUUGUAGUGUGUUGUUUUUUAUGUGUCCCUAGUUACCGUGUGUACUGCAUGCUGGGUGAUGGGGAGUGUUCAGAGGGGGCUGUCUGGGAAGCCAUGGCGUUUGGUUCUCACUACAACCUGGAUAACCUGGUGGCUGUUCUCGACGUUAACCGCCUGGGACAGAGUGAAGCUGCUCCUCUCAAACACGACAUGGACGUCUACCGCAGACGCUGCGAAGCGUUCGGGUGGAACACGUAUGUGGUGGAUGGUCAUGACGUUGAGGAGCUGUGUAAAGCUCUGUGGCAGGCCCAGCAGGUGAAAGGGAAACCCACUAUGAUUGUCGCCAAGACCUUCAAGGGUCGAGGACUCAAAGGCAUAGAGAACACGGAUAACUGGCAUGGGAAGCCGAUGCCCAAGGACCGGGAGGAGGCCAUUAAAGACUUAGAGUCUCAGAUUCAGAACCCCAACAAGACCAUCUGCCCCGAGCUACCCAAUGAAGAUACCGCUCCCGCUGACCUCUCACCAAUCACCCUGCCUAGCCCUCCCAAUUACAAGAUCGGAGACAAGGUGGCUACUCGUAAGGCGUAUGGCGUGGCCCUGGCUAAACUCGGUCAGUCCAGUCCGAGGGUGGUGGCUCUGGACGCUGACAUGAAGAACUCUACCUUCUCUGAGAUGUUCUACAAGGCCUACCCUGAACGCUUUGUAGAGUGCUUCAUCGCUGAGCAGAACAUGGUGAGCGUGGCGAUCGGCUGUGCCACACGGGACCGCACGGUGGCGUUCGCCAGCACCUUCGCUGCCUUCCUGUCCCGGGCUUACGACCAUAUCAGAAUGGCCGCCGUCUCAGAGUCUAACAUCAACCUGGCGGGGUCACACUGUGGAGUCUCUAUCGGUCAGUACUGUCUCAUCUCACCCAUUUUCCCACCACAGGGCGCGGGGUCCCUCUCCACUAAAGUGGGGGCGCGGGGUCCCUCUCCACUAAAGUGGGGGCGCGGGGUCCCUCUCCACUAAAGUGGGGGCGCGGGGUCCCUCUCCACUAAAGUGGGGG